AUGUCGGUUUGGCGUGUCGAAAAACGGGUAACGAAUUGUGCUUACGAAUUGCACCAGGGUGUGCUAGUUUCCAUUGCUGCCUCGCAAGAUGCACAUAGCCAGUGCACGAAUUCACGAAGAAAGUGGGCAAAUUGCAGUCAUUUAGGGAGCGGGCUUUGCAGCACCGUUGCAAAGCUGCAGCAGGACAUGAACUUCCUGCAGUUGUUGUGUCAGGCAGGCGAAGGGCUAGAAAAUCCAAAGUUUAACCUUUCCUUCAUACCAUGUGAAACGCAACGGUGGAACGAGUGUCGUACGAGCAACGUCAAGCUGAGGCUGGAAAUUGCAGGGGAAAGCGACAUUGUGCGAGAUGACGAAAAGAAGCAAUGGUUGAACACGAUUCUGAAGGCGCCCGGUAUACUUGUCUGUGAUGUUUGGUCGGAUCAAGGCAACAGAUCGACCGCGAUUUCACUGCAACAUCUAGAGUACAGUGAUUAUCAGAGGAAAACCCUAGCCAUGAUGCUCAUUACAGUUGUUGGCAUCAUAUGUUUAGUGCUCAUGAUCGUGAUUUGCGUCGCACACGCGUAUAAACGAUCGUGGGAAGGGAAGACCAUUCCCAGCGGCAGUAGUGCGAAUGGGGGUCCUAAGACAUCAGACAUGACAGCAAAAGUGCAUCACUUUCCGAGAGAGAAGGUACAACUUGUCGAAAGGCUCCGGCAGGGUGAAUAUGGUGUCUAUUGGAAAGCGAUCGUAACGGGAGUUGCUGGCGAUCCGGCGUUGGAAAUUCAAGUGAUGGCGAAGGAAGCAGUAAAGCGCUUUGAUACGCAAGAUCUUUUGGAAGAGCUCAAGAUUUACGUACAGGUGGGGCAUCAUGUGAAUGUUUUAAAUUUUCUUGGGAUUGUUACGGAAAACAUGGUACAUGGCGAGUUCUUUGUGAUAACAGAAUACUGUCGGUUUGGUAAUUUGAAAGACUUUUUGCUCAAACAUCGACACGCUUACCGUGAGGAAGGUGAUGAUGAAAUUGCAGAAAACAUUGGUAGGGUUAGAUUACGUCCUCAACGAUACACCUUUGGUAAAAUAGACUUGCUCUACUGGUCAUACCAGAUCGCAUGGGGCUUGCAAUACCUCGCUUCUCGUGACUUUGUCUACGGCAAUCUCUCCACUCGCCAUGUACUGCUCGGUGAGGGCAACAUCGUGAAGCUCAGUGGCUUUGGAUCACCUUGCCGACUGCAACUGUUCAAUAAGCUGACUCCGCAAAGCAUCCUAUCGCUAGAACGAAUAGCACCAGAAUGCUUGCAAAGCGAUGGAACAUUCACUAGCAGCUCAGACGUAUGGUCUUAUGGUGUACUACUCUGGGAGCUGUUUUCGUUGGGCUGUGAUCCUUGCUGGGGAUUGAUACCACACGGGCGGUUUGCUGAUAGUUUUGAGUGUGUGAGUACGCUGCCCACACCGAAGUACGCCAACGAUGAAGUGUACCAAAUUAUGCGGCACUGCUGGAAGCAAGAACCUCAGGAGAGGCCGAGCUUUGUGGAGCUGUGUUCUCGAUUGAACUGUUUGAUCCCGAGGAGCAUGUUGAAGAGCUACGAGGAAUUGAAACUUCUUUACUCGUGUAUAAAUGCAGUGCAUAAAUCAGUUUUAUAAAUUAUUUCAACAGAAUAUUAAUAUUGAAACAUAUUUGAUAGAAACCUACCCAGAAAAGUAAAUUUAAUAACCACAAAUUUGUAUUUUCUUUCAUUACGAGUAGUUUUUGCAACUUUUAAUCAUAGUAAAUAAUGCAU